AGUUUGCUUUGUUCAGAUCAAGAUAUUACUUCAUGUUUGCCUGUUUUUACUAAGUCUGCAUUUCUGGACUUGAAUAUCAAUCAUGUUGUCAGGGCAAUCAUAGCAUCAUUCACUCAUCUCCUGUUGAUCCCGACUAGGAGUUUAUGCUCCGAAGCAAGGAAUAGGAAGAGGUAGGGACACUGAGCUUUUGCUAUAUAAGAUUUGGAUGCUUCCCCGUCAAUCACGUUCAAUUCCUUCCAAGCAACUCAAUUUUAGCAUCCACACCACUUCAAAAGAUUUUAAUAAAAUAAAACUUGAUUCAAACCUUUAUAAACUUCAAAAUGAGCGACAAAUACAAGCCCACUGGUGGGUUGUUUUUUACCCUUCGAUGCCAUGCCAUGUUCUAACAUCUUUCUAGAGCACGAGGGUCUCAAGGAGGACGGUACUCCAGACAAGAGAGUUGGCACUGGAGAGUUUGCCUACGGCCAAGUUGAUCCACAUGUAGGCAUCCUUUACCUUUCUACUUAAUGAGUAUUAUACUCUACACGUUUCCGUCGCUAACCAUCUUCUCUAAUCGCAGGAGGCUGGAGCCAAAGGUGGACAUGCAACAGGAAGCCCUGAUACCGAUGAGAGCUACGAGAACGAGGGCGGCGGAGGCGGCAGCGGAGGCAGUAGCGGAGGCCGUAAGUUUUUCCCGUCUUCUAAUGCUCCAUAACCUACAUUCAUAUACAUUUGAUAAUAACAUCUCGGGCAGAAUUCGCACACGGAAAAGUCGACCCGCACGAGGCUGGCAAGAAGGGAGGAAGAUCUUCCAAUUCCGGAUCUUCUUAGAUCUCUUGAUCAUGAUGAUUUCUUUAAGACGAUCUGAUCAAUGGCGCUCGGCGAUAUGAAUGGUUGACUGUAAAACGAAAUACUUUCGCUCGUUACCAGUCCUGGGCUGAUGAAUAAUUUGGUUGGUUGAUGAAUUCUUCGAAAAGCAAUCAUUAGCAAUUAAUAUGAUUCUUCUUUUUGUGUUUUGAUACUUAAAAUUGUUGUGUUGUGAUGUUGUGUGCGGUGUUUAAUUCAGUUUAAUUUAUUAUCGUGUGUGAAUGGUUGCC